AUGGAAGCUUCAACUAGUAAAAGAGCAACGUCAAACACAUUGAACCUACAAGCACCAAUAAAUGAAGCACCACCAAUACCACCGCUUGUCAAUGUUUCAACAUCAGCAGCGAAUUUACCGUCUACGAAGCAACAAAUUAAUACAAAAAGUCUUGUCUCACCAAAUGCCAAUAAUAAAAAGGCCGUCAGAACUCCAACGAAAACAAAAAAGCCGCAGGUGGGUAACGUAAAAACUGCGACUUCGCUACCUCAAGUUAAACAAGUGAGAUCUUCUGCCAUUCGUAAACCCACAACGAGUAGUAGUAACACUGGCAUAGGUGGUAGUAUUUCGUCCGCAAAAUCUAAGCCUCAGCUAAGAAAGCAAAAGUCACUAGAAGAGACUUUUGUUAACAAAUCAGCAUAUCCUCCGAUAGCCGCCACUAUUGAUGAUAAUAAUAAUGGUACCGAUCCUAUGAUAAUAGAAGAGCAAGAACAACAAGAAUUUCAUCAGACAGACCCAUUUGAAAUAAAUGAUCCAAAUGUAGUUCAACGCAUUCCGGUAUAUUUCACAAAUCAAUUGGGGUUACCAGGAGUUCAGUUACUCCAGUUCCCGAUACGUGAAAAAUCGCGUCCAUAUGCGGAAGGAGAACAACCGAUAAAAACACGACUGAAACCGAAUUCUAAGCAUCUUGAACUUGAUAUACCACUGGAUACAAAUAAUGCGUAUUAUGAUAAACACCGAGGCCAAGAAUUGGCAUUGGGAACCAAUGAUGAGAUGGCAAAGACGAUACGCGAUCGAUUUUCACAAGUAAACGAUGAUGAUAAAUUGGAUAGGCAAACCCUACAGUCUACGGCUGUUCCACCAAGACUUCGGCCUGGUCUCAAAUAUCUCGACAAGAUUGACGAAAAACAAAAAGCAGCAAAUAAGAAAAUUGAUGAAGAAGAAUCAAAAGAAUUGAAUCCUGAUGUUGAUAAUGAAGAGCCCGCAGCAUCACAAAAAGGCAAAGGAAGAGGAAGAGGGAGAGCAGUUCAAAUAUCCGCAAAGACGAACGAUCCAGAUGCUGCUGCAAAGCGAAAGAGCACAUAUUCCUUAUCUCAACGAGAAGCAGAAGACGAAAAAUGGAUUGAAUUAGAUUAUUAUUAUUGGAAGACGCCAGAAGCAGCAAGAUUGUUUGACAAGAUAGAGGCUGACAAACGACACUGUGCAAAUUUAGUUCCAAAGACUGGACGUAAAUCAUAUCUUGAGGCUAUUCAACCUCCUAAACCUGAUUUAGCGAAAUUAGGCCCCAGAAUCUUGGAUGACGAUGAAGAUGAAGAGAUGGAAUCAUGUGAUUUUAAUGCACGUGCAAUAAUUACUCGUGACCAACUGAACAACUCAUUAUUCGAAGACAUCUUAAAAAUGGCGGAAACUGUGCAAUAUUAUCUCGAGCAAAUGGUGCCCGAGCUUGAAGACUUGGAGCAAAAAAAAUUAUUUACUAAAGCGGAAAUCAAAUUAAUUAUAAAGAGACGGACGAAUUUUGAGUAUUCUUUAGAACGUAUCCAACCACAAAAAAUGGACUUCCUGCGAUAUAUUGAAUACGAGAUGAAUUUGGAACAAUUACGAAAAAAGAGAAAAAAACGAAUGAAUAUAAAAGGAAAAACGACCAUAUCAGACUACGCGAUCCCUCGAAGGAUUUAUCAGAUUUAUGAUCGCGCCUUGAUAAAGUUUAAGGGUGAUGUUGCAUUAUGGUUACAGUAUAUUGAGUAUGCAAAGACUUCAGGUGCUGGCAAGUUGCUGGGUAAGAUUUAUGGGAGAGCGAUUCAAUUGCAUCCAACGAAACCAGAACUUUGGAUUCUUGCUGCAAAAUGGGAAUUCGAAUCUAACGCCAACAUAGUUGCAGCCAGAGUAUUAAUGCAACGGGGUCUCAGAUUUAACAACGCAUCAAAACAGCUAUGGCAGGAGUAUUUCAAAUUGGAAUUAUUGUAUGUGGAAAAAAUAACCACGCGUCGUAAAAUUCUCGGGAUAUUAUCAAAGGAGCCUAAAAAAAAUUCUGAAGAAGAACUAGAAAUCGAAGAGAGACCGGACAUAGAAAAUAUGAUUCGCUUGCCUAAACUUACCGGCGAGGAUCUUUACUUGUAUGAGAAUAAGAAACCAUUAACAAGUGAGAUUGAUGAGAAACAUAUCGAGAAACUUAAAGAGGAUAAUAAUAAGAUGCUGCAAGGAGCAAUCGCGAGAACUGUUUUUGAGAAUGCCAUUAAAGUAGCCAUUCCGGAUGAUUUAUUUUUUCGGCAGAAAUUUCUUGAUAUAUGUCGUGAAUUUACAAAUACCAAAGAAUUACAGGAACUAAUUUAUAACAGCAUUGAACAGGAUUUCUUUAAUGACGCCAAAGCACGCGCCUUUCUUGCUGAAAGACAUGUGACUUUUAUUUUAAAUAUAGAGUGUCCAGAGUUUAUAAAUGCUUUGAAAAAAAGUAUAAACGAAUUUGAACAAAGUAUUGAGAAAUUAAUGAAUACCGAAAUUUGGUAUCUUUAUACCAAAUUCCUGACUAAAUACUUUAAUCGAGUCACUGAACCAAAUUUGCGACGUUAUUUCUCAAAAUUAUUAACAAAAGCCUAUGAAACAACGGACACCAAAAAUCUAACAUCCAAUGAAAUGUACUUCGAUUGGGCAGAAUUUGUUUCAUCGCAUCUUAAUUCUCAUGAACUGGCGUUGGAAACCUUGGAAAAAGGAACGCAUAAAUAUCCAAAUUACGCGAAACUGUGGAUAAAGCGAAUCACUAUCACAUUAGAAUCUAAAGAUGAUACCAAAAAUAAUCCUUCGUCUCUGUUUGAUGAAGCAUUAAAACUGAAUCCAGUAUCACAAGAGCUAUGGCAAAUGUACCUUGAUUGGCUAUUUAAAAGAUUUAAUAAUGGCGAAUUGGUAGAAUCGAAACUAGAUGAUUUGUUGAUGGCAAGUUUCUUUGCUUGUCUCCUUGCAUCUUUAUGCGGAUCGUCUUCAAUCAACAACUCCCAAACGGAAUUAAGUUCUGUCCAAUAUGUCGUUGCAUUUCGUUAUCUCUCUUGGGUUAAAAAUCAAGGAGGGAUCAAGAAAGCCAGAAAAAUAUAUGAAAGUUUAAUUUCCAAAACGCUGCCCACCAGAUCAUUCUUUGAAAUAUGUAUUAAUUUGGAGAGAGAGAGUUUAGGGUCCUCUACGCAACCAAAUGAUAUCGAGCGCAUUAGUCGGCUUUACGAUCAAGCAUUAAAUGUAACCGAAUCCCAACAGGAUGAUGACGAUACUGAAAAAUUAUGGCUUGCCUAUAUCGAGUUUUUAUUAGUUAAUAAACAGUUUGGCAAGGCCAACAAUAUCUACUGGAGAGCUCGCAAAUCAGUACCAAAUCCAGAAUCAUUUGAAGUCGAAUAUCGAGGAUUGUUAAACCUUCAAGAUAACGUGAUGUAA